AAACAAAUAGGAUAAUAAUGAAUUGCACGCCGAUAUUAGGAAUAGCUUUGAGCUUAUUGAUCUCUUGCCAGUGCCAACAACAUUAUCAAAACGGUGAAUACAAUCAGGAAGAAAAUUACAACUAUCAAAGGACUCCUCCACCGCCGCAGAUCCUUUCCCACAAGCAGGCACUUAACCACGAUGGUAACUUCAAAUACAUUUUUACCUCCGAAAAUGGAUUGGCACAAGGUGAAAGUAUAGCUCCCGAUGGAUCCAGGAAUGGAGGAUACAGUUACAUCGAUCCAAAUGGCAAGAAAAUAUCAGUAAAAUACACGGCUGGCAAGGAAGGUUUCAAAAUCUUGGAAGCCGAUCAUUUGCCGAAGGCUCCCCAACCGGUGGCUCCACUUCCGGUGCCUGCACAACACCAGGCUUACCAACAGCAACCGGCCUACCAGCCGCAACCACAGUACAGAGAGCAGAAGCCUCAGUACCAAGCGCAACCUCAAUACCAAGCGCAGCCUCAGUACCAGCAACUAGCGUACAACUACAAGCCCCAGGAAGAAGACGACGGUCAAUAUCGACCGGAAAUUUACGAAAAAUCGCAAUCUCAGGUGUCUGCUUAUCCUCGACCGGCGUACCCGUCGCGCAUUCAAGUCUCUCCCACGCCAAGUUCCAACGCUUUACAAGAGAAAGAUUAUUACGAUGAACCCGGCAAGGCCAACAGCUUCGGCAACGGCUACUUAUUCGAAUUUUCCGGAUAGACUGAUUUGGAGUAGGAGAUAGUAUAUUCGAAAUUUUAAAGUAUUGGUUACGCUGUGGUAAAUAUAAUAUGUAAAUGUAUAUUCGUAUCGCAACUAGAUUUUUAGGUAAAAUGUAAAAACUUAAUUCGAUUUGCGCGUGAAUCGAAUGGCGUGUCGAGAAAUGUUCCUGCUUACUUUUGCGACUAACAACUUAUUCAUCUUCUGUUAAUUUUAACAUUCACUAAAGUUUAGUUUCCUUUAUGAACUUGCAUGUAAGUUACGAAUCUAGCAGUAGUAUUAGAACUUAGUCACUUAGUGUGAUUUGUAUUAUCUAAUCUUACUGUUAGUUAUUCUGUCUUUAAUUGGUUUAGUCAUUAAUGAAGAUAACUUCUUUAUCAUUAGCGUUUUAUAACUCAUCUAACAUCUUUUUUCUAAGUGAUAGGUAUAAAG